CAGCUUGCCAGUAAUCACUUUGGGAAGGGUGGGAUCGUGUAAGCACCAAGAAUACACCCGCACAGACUUUUCAACAAGUAAAUUAUAUCGUCUGGAACCGAGCAUCGCAUAGCUUGGGUAGUGCCAAGGGUGUUACUACUCCACUUGGUCAGAGAGUCGUUGUGUCGGUGAGUGGUGCCAGAGACGGUCGCUUGGAGGCUUGUGUAUAUACACGAACGGUAGUCUAUCGUUUCACGCGGCCUUGGACUAAGUCAUGAGGCCAGCAGCGUGUGAGUGUUGAGCUCAUAAGGGCUGCUAGUGUCCUGUGCCCCGCGUGUGAGCAGGGGUUGAUCUCCCUCAUCGCUGCCUGUCCUUCUCCUCCUUCAUCGUCGCUGUCAUGCAGGGGAAGACAGGAUCGUCAGGAAGAAUGAAGACCGAGCGCAGUGUGGUGUUCAGCCCCAGCGUCACCCUCCUGGACACAAACAUGGACGACUCCCACACUCCCGCCAAGGAUCCUUCCUCCGAACCCGCCAAGUUCCAGUUCCAGAUCGGUGCCAGCGACGAGGAAUUCGAUGAGCCCGAAGUGGAGAUAGUGGUGGCGACCCACGUGGUACCCCCAGACGGAGGAUGGGGCUGGGUGGUAGUAGCGGCCUCCUUCAUGUGUAAUGCUGUGGUGGACGGCAUCAUAUUUUCUUGUGGAAUGUUGCUACAUCUAUUUAAAGAGGAAUUUGGGGUGUCUACCUCAGACGUGGCCUGGGUCAGCUCCCUCCUUGGGGGAUUUUACCUCAUUGUUGGUCCAUUUGUGUCGGCCUUAGCUAAUGCCUACGGGUUCCGAACCGUUUGCAUAUUGGGUGGAGUGAUUUCUUCAGUGGCCUUUGGGAUUUCUUCCUUUGCCACCUCCAUUUACUACCUCCAGUUUACAUUUGGAAUCGUCGGUGGUAUUGGGUUUGGGCUGAUAUAUGUACCAGCUGUGAUUGCUACUGGGUUUUAUUUUGAGAAGCGACGGGCACUGGCCACUGGCAUUGCUGUAUGUGGGUCAGGCAUUGGCACCUUUAUAUUUGCUGCACUCAACAGUUUCCUUAUCCCAUCCUUUGGUUGGCGAUGGACCCUUGUGGUGUAUGCAGGAAUCACUCUGAGCUGUGUAGUGUUUGGUUUGGCCUUCCGCCCCCUCAAACCAACCACUAAAUUCACAACUGAUGACCUGGAGCCACCUGGCACCCCUUUGCUCAUGAGAAUCAAGCGUGCAAGGGAUGAACAGAUGAAACAAUGUGCAUCUGCCUUGUCCAUGACCUCUAUGAACUCCAAGACUCCCUCUAGAGCAAACCUGGAAGAACCCUUCUAUGAUGGGGAACCAGGGAAAAUGGCAACAAAUAAGAUGGUGGCAAAGACUCUGCUGGAAAGGCAUGGAGGCAACAUGCACAAGCGAUACAGCUUCCCAGGUAUUGUGGUGACAAGCCCUGAGCCCAUCAAGGAAGAAACUGAAACUCCUCUCAUUGAGUGCAGUGAUGGUGUGAAAGAAGAUGUCAACAAGCAGGAUGAGAAUAGAGUGCUUGAUGACAACAAAAAUGAAACUCAGAUGAAGAAUGAGGCUAAGGAGACUGAGGCCAAUGGCACCAUCCCUAAUUAUAACCCUGAGAAUGAUGGCACUAGUCCUUGUCCUCGAAACAAGAGUGCUCCAGUCUUGGCACAAACAAACCUUCUUUCUGUGGAGCACCUACGGCGGCCCUCAAAGCUGGCUUUGCGUACGGAGACGGCACGGCCAUUCUAUCGUGAUGAUAUCUUCUACUCAGGAUCAAUGUGUCGUCUUCCACAGUACAAGAGCUCAGAGUCAGUUGAGAAGUACCACCAGUCAGUGACACAGCUGCCACCAAUGAAGGAGAUAGUGGAGGAGGAAGAGGAAAGGAACAGGUGCAAAUGCUGUCCUGUUUCCAUCACCAACAUAAUCUCCCGCAUGUUUGACCUCUCUCUCCUCUCCUCUCCUACUUUCAUUAUGUUGGGAUUGGCUGGAUUUAUGAGUCUCAUGGCUCUCUUCAUUCCCUUCAUGUUCUUACCAGGUUAUGCAGAACAGCAAGGGAUAAGUGAGAAUUCCAUUGCCACCCUUGUAUCUACCAUUGGUAUCACCAAUACCAUUGGUAGGAUUGUGUGUGGCUGGGUCUCCGAUCAUCCUAAGGUAGAUGCUCUGUAUGUGAACAACUUUUCCCUCAUGUUGGGAGGUGGAGCAACCAUGCUUCUUCCAAUGAUUGUCAAUGAGUCACUCCUGCUGGCAUACUCUGUGGCCUUUGGGUUAUCUGUAGCUGCAUUUGCUUCUUUGCGCUCCAUUCUUCUUGUCGAGUUACUUGGGUUGGAAAAGUUAACUAAUGCCUUUGGUCUCCUGCUUCUAUUCCAAGGCAUUGCAGGCAUCUUUGGAAGUCCAGUAGCAGGUGCAUUUGUGGAUCUUACAAAGACGUAUGAUAUUAGCUUCUAUGUAUUUGGCGGAUUGUUUGCCUUGUCUGGAGUUAUGUGCAUUCCCCUCCGGUACAUCAAAGAAUGGGAAGAAAAGAGAAACAAGAGGAAGCACCAAGAGUGUAAUGCAAUAGAAAUGAAAGCUUGAAUUAAAAAGAGACUCCACAAUGUCAGUGAAAGAAAUGAGUGAUGCAUAAACAGUUCUUGAUCUGUUUUUGUUGAUUCAUAUAGACAAUUUCAUGGACUUUGUGAAUGUUGAAGCCAUCUUGUGUAUUGUUUGAUACAACUUUAUGCUUCAGAUACAAAACUGAUUUUCUUAUUGACAAGCUUGGAACACCUGAAAAGUUUUUAAUUUGUGUGAAAACAAACUUGUGCAAUGCUUGGGUAAUUUUAUAAAGAUUUUUUUUUAAGAACAGUACAAGCAAGCACAGCUAUGCACUUAAUUAAGUUACUAGAUAGGAGAAUAAAGCACAUAAAUAAGUUUUCAAACUUUAAGAAAGAUGUUAGGUGAGCAGUUAUGUUUAAGUUUACCCAUCAUAUUAUUAUUGGCUUGUUCAUAGCAUAUGAUUAUGCUACAUAGGAAGGAAGCUUAUCAUCUGCUGUUUCACUUUAGAGAAAAGAUGAUAGGCACUUAAGAUGUAACUGCUCAUUCAACAUCUUUUAUGUUAGUGUACUUGUUUGUAUAUAUCUACGCUUAGAAAUAAUGUAUAUUGCAUACAUGUGUAUGCCAUGUAAAAACAAAGAACAAGAUUCCAAGUAUAUGCUAGAUACAGUGGAACAAAAAAAUGUGAAUGUGUAUUGACUAUUAUUUACUUAUCAUCUCCAUAUUGGUCAAAAUACAAAAUAAAAAUCAUACUGUAAUUAAAAAUAACAUUUACAAAGUUUACAUUAGAUUUGGCACAUUGUUUCAUAUUCAUGUCAAUAUCAUUCAUCAUCAUGUGGUAGUCAUUUAAACCCCAACACUCAUUAAUUCAGUAUUCACUUCAUUCACUGUAUAAUAUCAUUCUCUUUACUUGCUUUUCACUUGCUAAAGAUGAGUUCUUAUCAUUUUAUUUUUACCUCUCAGUUUGUUACCUCUGUUUAUAAUGUGCUCUUUUCUAAUGUAUGUAGUGCCAUAAAUUUGAUCUUUCAUCUGGGAUUAAUGUGCAUCAGAUUGAUGCAUGUGGGUCCGUUCCCAUUUUAGUACAUAUAGCAUUGUUAAAUUUCUAACAUGCUGAGGUACAAAACUAUUUCUAUGAAUUUUGAAUUUAUGUGAUAUUUAAGAACAAAAGACACCCAUGAAAAGUACUGCUCACUGGAGGGAAGGAACAUGCCAUUUAUAGUUCACUCAAAUAAAUUAAGAGUCUAGAUUUCUAGUGGUUAGUUGUUGCAAAGUAAGCAUAUUUUUUAUAGCAGACCUAUUAUGUUAGGAUUUCAUAAUCAUCAUAGAUUUAGUCUACCAUUAUAUUCAUAUAUGUAUAAGGGUACAUUAAUUAACUAUUAGUAAUGUGUGAUAAAAUAGAGACUGUUUGUCACUGUCUCUUUUCACUUAAUCAAUGCAAUUCUGCUUACCGGUGUUGAUGAACAAGUGAAAAACAGUCCGUUUCAACCUCAUGUCAUGAGCAACUAUGGAAACUAAAGCAAGUCUUCUUGUGAUAAAGAAAGGCUAACUCUGUACUUUCAUGAUCUGCCUUUUUGCCUAAUUGUCAUAAUUUUGUUAUGAAUCACUAUAAAGAAAUGACAUUCAUUGAUAUGUGAGCAUUGGAGAAUGCUGACAUCGUAAUUCCAUAAACAUUAUAUAUAUAUAUAUAUAUAUAUAUAUAUAUAUAUAUAUAUAUAUAUAUAUAUAUAUAUAUAUAUAUAUAUAUAUAUAUAUAAUAUACAAUUUAUUGUACUUAUGCAUGGCUUUUGUGGAACUGAUAAAGCGCUUAUUUUUCAUUGAUAAUUGAUAAUCAUUACUGACACUGAAAGACAUAGUAUGUACUUCAAACCAUCAGUAUGACAUCAGUGUAAUGUUAAAGCAUGCAGUUAUAUAUUUAGUAUAAAGAUCAUACCAGCACAUGCCACAACUAAACUUGAAUGGUAAGCUGCAUUAUUGUAUACAAAAUUACUACCUUACAUUUGGCAUCUAACUAUUUAAGAUGACAAUGUUUCACAUUAUGUAUUGAAUGUUUCUUGUACUGAAACUCCAAUGUUAUCAAAACUUAUCUUGGAUAUUUUUUUUCUUUCUUAAACAAUAUACAAUAUUCUUAUGAUGAAUCUUAACAUAUUGACAAAGAACUAUAGCUUCUUCUAUAUUCUCAGCUAUAAUGCUUUUUAUUCUGUAUUUACUUAAAAUGUGCAAUUUUUCCAUUAUUGAGAUAAGUCUAGUGUGAUAUAAUGUUGAUAUUAAGGCAUUUGAGUGAUUCAUCAUGAGUUGAAAUAUAUUUAGUUAGCUCUUGUUAUCAUUAUUAUGCUUUCAUAGUUGAGACUGAACAACGAACUAGAAUGUUUCCCAGCAACGUUAGAGCUGCAUUACCUAUUUGUUUUAUAUUACUAGAUUUUUACUUUAUUUAUAAUAAGAAUAUAUAAAAGUUGCCAUAUGCGUUAGUAGAGGGACAAAGAGAGGGCAUGCGAUGUCCUGGAACAGAGUUCAGUUUAGUGUCCCCAUCUCAAGAUGAUAACACAAGGCAAGUUAAUUGAUAUUUUGGCGCUUGAUAAUUCGCCUAAAUGCGCCUCCGCUCCACCCUGCUCAAGGGGCGGUGUGCUGCUGGUCUUGUGCAAUAUAAUGAAUAACAAUUAUAUACAUCAUACAGUUGGUUGAUGGUGUGUCAUUCAUGUGUAUGGUAACCUUCUCGAGUAUAUUGGACAAAACUGCAACAAGAACAAAUAGAGGACAUGUUACAAGGGGAUAUACAUUUAUUUAUUUUCUAUCUUUUGUUAUUAUUAUUCUUUUAGUUUUGUUAAAGAUGCAAUAACUUAGUAAUGUAAUCCAGGAGUGUUGUUUCGGGUAAGAGUAGCAACAAGGUAGCUACACCUUUUCAUCUAGGUCAGUUCCUGCAUUCAAAGCAUCGAUUAUAGCAUAUGUAUAUAGUCAUGUAGGGUUUUGAACUUUUAUACUGUACUUCGUCGUCCUGUACAGGUGCGACUUUAAAGGCAGCAUUGAUCUUGUAUCUUGAAAAAAAAAAAGUAAAAAGUUAA